GUUCCUACAGUCAGUGAGCGGCAACGACGACUCAUUCCACCCACUGCUACCUAACCUGCUGCUGCUGCUGCUGCUGCUGCUGCUCAGGAUGCGACAGCUGGCAGUCCUCGUCGCCGCGGUGGGCCUGGCCGCCGCUGUGCCCAGGGAACGGCGUGAGGCGGAGGAAUAUGCUCCAUGCAAGGACGGCGCGGGGGUGUGUGUGCCCUACUACCUGUGCCAGGACGGCCAGAUCGUGAUGGACGGCGCAGGUAUCAUUGACAUCAGGAUUGGAGACCCCACCAAGAAGAACUCCCAGGAUUGCAUCAGCUACCUGGAUGUGUGUUGCGCUCAGGGUGCGACCAUCGAGUCCACCACCACCACCACCACGACCACCACCACCACAACCACCGAAGCUUCUGCCGUCACCACCGCCGCGCCCUUCCAAGCCUUCUGUGGCAAGAGGAACCCAGGAGGAAUUGAUGUCAGGAUUCAAGGGUUUAAGAACAACCAGGCCCAAUACGCGGAGUUCCCCUGGAUGGCCGCCGUGCUCCACAGGAAAUUCGGAGACAAACCCGUGAAUCUGUACGUGUGCGGCGGCUCGCUCAUCCACCCGUCCAUUGUGCUCACCGCCGCGCACUGUGUCACGCGGUACGGCCACAGCACCGACCUGUACGUGCGUUUGGGCGAAUGGGACACGCAGAAGGAAUAUGAACCGUACCCGCACCAGGACCGCGCCGUGGAUGUCGUUGUGAUCCACCCAGACUUCCAUCCAGGUAACCUCGCUAAUGACUUCGCCCUCCUGCACCUCGCCAAGCCAGCCCAGAUCGCCAAGAACGUUGGGAUUCUUUGCCUCGAGCAGAUCGACUACCUGACCACCAACUACACAUGCGUGGUGGCCGGCUGGGGCAAGGACAAGUUCGGUAAGGAGGGCGUGUACCAGAACGUCCUUAAAACUGUCGAUCUGCCAUACGUGGACCGCGGGAAUUGCCAGAACAGCCUGCGCUACACAAGACUAGGCAAGUACUUCAAGCUUCACGAGUCCUUCCUCUGCGCCGGCGGGGAACCAGGUAAGGACUCAUGCAGCGGCGACGGAGGCUCCCCGCUCAUGUGCCAGAACCCAGACUCCGGCAGCUACGUCCAGGCUGGCAUCGUGGCGUGGGGCAUUGGCUGCGGCACUGGCGGCGUCCCAGGAGUGUACGCUGACGUGUCCUACGCCUUCGACUGGAUCACUACUGAGGCGGAUAAGCUGGUGGGAGAGGACGGUGGUGGUGGUGAUGGUGCUGGUGAUGGCGCAGGUGAUGGUGCUGGUGAUGGCGCUGGUGAUGGUGAUGGAGCUGGUGAUGGUGACGGAGGCGGUGACGGAGGUGAUGACGGAGGUAACAAUAACGGCGGUGGCUCCCAUGGGUAUCGUGGGUGAUAUGUGACGGCCACCAUGACGGAAAGGCACUCGCGUAUCAGCAGGCCAUGACCCAUCUUGCCCAUUUUUUUUUUUUUUUUUUUUGAAUAGGAGAAACUGGCCAACAAAAAAUAAGAAAAGGCCCACUUGAUUGCCAGUUCCCUACCUCCAGCACACCUGCCUCACACCUGCCUGCUUACCUAUGCGAAUCCUAUCCCCAUCCCUACACCUUACACCCCUCACCCCAGACCCUACACCCCAGACUCCUCACCCCAGGCCCGACACCCCAGGACACACCACAACAUAACACCAAUAAAGAAAACGGCCUUGUGGAGACAUCUAAUAAACAAGAUGCCUAAAUUACUGAGAAAAAAGGGGUUGGCGUUUUUAAUCCACUGUAGCUUUGCAUAUUACCUCAUAAAAUAGUACACAAAAUCCA